GCGAGGUGUUGAAAGAGGAAGCACAGCUUGUGCUGCUGCUGCUACUGAAGAAUGAAGGCAACCGGACCACUGAAGGAGUCCAUUCUUACAACCUUUAAAUGACAAUUCACAGAACAGACCAUUGAUACUCAGAAUGAGACUCCACAAUGCUAACAAACAGAUAUAAGUAGAAAUACCGACUUUGAGACUACAUUAAAGUUGUGAUGCCUCUUAAAUGGCAGCGUAAGUAGGAAAACAGCAGCUACUUCAACCAUGACAGAGAGAAGAAGAGAGAUGAAUGUUGACCAGCAGUGUCUGCAUUAAUAUAAUCUCUACAACCUCCUCACUUAAUGAUUAACAAAUAACUUUUAACUGGUAUGAUUGGAAACCCCAGUCUGUUGGCUGCAGUCCUGACUGUUGUGUCAGUGGUGUCACUAAGUCUACUGAGUCUUCUAUGUCUACGGUGUAAAAGGAAGUCUAAGGUUAUACGCGAGGAACAGCCGACGUACAACCUGCAGACAUUCCAACGCGGGGGGAGUAUUUUUGCUGUGACACAAUCAAAAACAGUUACCAGGGCCAAUCAGAUAUCUUCGGCCACAGUUGAAACUGAAGUGGAAUUGUCACCAGAUGCAACUGAUGACCAGUCAGACUAUGAGAAUAUCGAAAAACCUGCCCCUCAAAGAGGAAGUCUAGAACAUACAUAUGUAGCUCCACUCCCGUGCGCAGUAUAUGCAAAUGAAGAGACCGAAACUGGUGAUCUAACUGGUGAUCUAGCUGAUCAGAUGCCAGGUGUCUAUGAAAACUUUAUCAAGUCAUUGCCAAUAAAAGACGAUGAUGACGACUAUGAGAACUCUGAAUUCCUGGAACAAGUUGUGAACGAAGAAGAGGAUGAGCCAGAUUAUGUGAAUCAAGAGGAGUAGCGCACCUGAUGUGGACCACCAGAAAACAUCAGUGAAAAGAUGGAAACAGCCUACACAUGUUGCUGUUUUUUUUUUUAUUUCUGCUAUGUGUGAUGUGCAAAUUGUGUGGACAGCUGUGUGAAUAAAUACUCAUGAAGCUGGA